GCGGGACGACUCCACAUCAGUCGUCACACGGACAAACAAACCAGUUUAUAGCUGAACCUAGCACUAGCAGCUAGCUUGCAGGCAUCUCCAACAUGGCUACCGCCAAGCAUUUGGCCCUUGCCAUUCUUGUGCUACUUAGUAUAGGCACGACCACCAGCGCUCGAAUCCUACUGGGUUACGGCCCGGGCGGAGGAGGGGGUGGCGGAGGUAGCGGCGGUGGCGGCGGCUAUGGUGGAUCAGGGUCGGGUUCUGGUUACGGCGAGGGAGGUGGAAGUGGAGGUUUUAGUGGUGGUGGAUAUGGGCACGGUGGUGGCGGUGGAGGCGGUGGUGGUGAGGGCGGCGGUGCAGGCUCUGGGUACGGGUCUGGUGAGGGCUCUGGCUAUGGAGGCGGCGCUGGCGGCUCUGGGGGAUACGGUGGCGGCAGUGGUGGAGGAGGAGGCGGUGGUGGCCAAGGUGGCGGUGGCGCAGGCUAUGGGCAUGGGUCCGGUGAGGGCUCUGGCUAUGGCGGUGGUGGUGGUGGUGGUGGUGGUGGUGGACACGGUGGUGGUGGCGGAGGCGGCCAAGGUGGUGGGUCUGGCGGCGGCUCGGGCUAUGGCUCCGGUUUUGGCAGUGGAUAUGGCCAGGGUGGUGCUUAUGGUGGAGGGUAUGGAAGCGGCGGUGGUGGCGGCGGCGGCCAAGGUGGAGGCUCUGGCUAUGGAUCCGGCUCCGGCUCUGGAUAUGGCUACGGCUCCGGCUCCGGCUCCGGUGGUGGCUUCGGAAACGGACGCCACUGAGCUCACUUCAAUGGCAAGGCGCACCACUGGGUACAGUAUAUAGAUAAAAGUGUUUCACAGAUUGAUUAAUACUCCUGUAUUGGGAUUCCGCUUUACUUAUUUGGCAAAUUCUACUACGUAGUAAAUAAACGAUAUUUACAAUGAGAUUAUGUUUCUGUGUCCAUGGAGCUGUUUCCCCAAUUGAAGAGAUGUGAUAUGCAAGCAGCCAAGCAAAAUGAUAUACACUCCAUGACAACGGAGGUCAACCUUGUAUACUGAGCUCUAUGUUUGGUAGUUGGUUCUGCACAUUUUUCCCACGAGCGAACCUCAGUGUCAAGCAUAGAUUAAUCAGAUUCAUCUUCAGUUCCAUUAGUUUCCACAAGUAAACAGGUUUAUGUAAGAUACAGUUCCUGAACGGUCUGAGUCCACCAUAUGAUGAACCCUGUUUCUGAAUUUUUC